AUGGGCCGCCUCCUUCUUCAAGGGAUCCUUCGCGGAGGCGCUGGCGGCCGCGGAGGACCCUCAGAACCCGCAAAGCGAGGGCCGGGGCCUGGCGCUGCUGUGGCUCCACGGCAAGGAGACGACGCGGCCACGGCGCGGCUCUGCCGCGAGGUCCUGGCCGACGGCUUCGUGGCCUCGGAGCUGGCCACGCGGUGGCUGCCCUGGGCCGCGGACACGUGCCGCCAUGAGGGCGCAUCCCUCGCGCAGGCAGUGGCCGUGUCCUCGGCGCCGGCUUUGGUGCUCAUCCGGGCGGUUCCGCAGGGCUCGCCAGGAGCUAUGGAGUAUCCCAGCGGCUGCUUCUUUCGAGUGCUCUCCAUCUUGACGGGCACCAUCGGCGCGCAGCAACUGCUCUACCUCCUCAAAGCUGAAGCGGAGCGCGCGGACUUGGAGCAGAGCCUUCGCCUGCAAUGGCAGCAGCAGCUGGGCCACAUGGAGAGGGUGAGUCAAAAUGUUGCCCAAGCGCUUGAGACACGGCAGGAGGCGCGGCGCUGCGAGGAAGAGGAGCGGCUUUGUUUGGACACGCUCUACGAGUCCCGCUUCGAAGCACCGGCGCCUUGCUUCUUCAAAGGCACCUUUGGGGAGGCCAUGGAGGCAGCAAGGGACCAACAGCGCUUGCUGCUGGUUUGGCUCUUUGGGUCGGAGCCCAGCGCUAUGUGCGCGGCGCUGGGGGGCGAAGUCUUCGGCGCCUUUGUGUCGGAGUACUUCGUCCUAUGGCCCGGGGAUGCGGAGAAGUGGUUCCUGCCCAUGCAACUGCGGGACAUGCUUCGCCUCCAGUUGCCAAGCUUUCUGGUCUUGGAACCCCUCAGCGUCUUCGAAGCAGAGGUUUUCCCCUGGGCGGAUCCCCGGAGCGGCGCGGCGGUCGAGUUCCCCGGCAACUGCGCCUGGAGUUUCCUGGGCGCUUUGGAGGGGACCUCCAUCACUGAGGAGACGGGCUCAUGUCCUUCCUGGCGCAGCAGGGCGACGCCUACUGGGCCAAGCGCCGGCACCUGGAGGCGCAGCGGGAGAUGCAGCGCUUGCGCGCUGCUGAGGCGCAGCGCCUCCGGGCCGAGGACCGCGAGCACGAGUCCGACCCAAAGGCGCAGAGGCCGAAGCCGCGGCAGCAGACCGCCGCGGCGGCCAAGAAAGCCGCGGAGCGCCGGAAAAAGGCGCAAGCGCUGGAGCCGGCGCCGGCGCAGGGCGAGAAGUGCCAACUGGUGCUUCGCUUUCCUUGUGGCCGUCGAUCUGAGAGGGCCUUCCCGGCGCACGCCGCGCUGUCGGCGGUCUACGACUGGGCGGACUGUGCUGGGGAGCUGGCAGCGCCGGGGAAUGCCUUCGAAGUGCCAGAGACGAAGUUCCUGCUGGCGACCAGCUUCCCCCGAGAGCAGCUGCUGA